GUUUUUUCCCAACUAGAAAUGGUGGACGGGGCGGAUUCGACGAGGUGGUGAUGAUAACGAGCGAGAGAAAUAAAUAGCGGGAGCCCCCAACCAUGGCGGGUGCCAUCGCUCCCACCGCUGCUGCUUCAACGGUCACCGUGCUCGCCUCGCGCCUCUGCUACUCCUCCCUCGCCUCCUCCGCCGCCGCCCACCGCGUCGCCGCCGCCGCGCUCCGCUGCCCAAUCUCCUCCGCCCUCCUCCUCCCCGGCCGCCUCCGCCGCGGCGCCGCCGUUCGGAUGGGCCACUCCGCCGCCGCCGCACGCGCCGCUCUCGGGCUCACGAAGCCCAACGCCGUUGAGGCCCCUCAGAUCACCUUUUCAGCAAAAGAGAUAGAUUUUGCAGAAUGGAAAGGAGAUAUUCUUGCGGUAGCCGUCUCGGAGAAAGAUAUGUCAAAAGAUUCAAAUUCAAAAUUUGAGAAUUUGACCUUAAAAAGAUUGGACGAGAAGCUCGGCGGCCUUUUGGCAGAAGCUUCUGCAGAGGAGGACUUUACUGGGAAAUCUGGACAGUCAACGGUUCUCCGCUUGCCAGGCUUGGGCUUUAAGAGAAUAGGUCUAGUUGGGUUAGGCCAGCAUUCGCCAUCCAGUACAACAGCUUAUCAGGGCAUUGGCGAGGCUGUUGCAGCAGUGGCGAAGACAGCUCAAGCAAGUAAUGUUGCUAUUGUUUUUGCAUCUGCAAAUGGAGUAUCGCAAGAGUCCAAGCUAAAUGCUGCUUCAGCCAUCGCUUCUGGAACUGUGCUAGGUGUGCAUGAAGAUAGCAGGUUUAAAUCAGAGUCCAAAAAGAUACAACUUAAAGCUGUAGAUAUUAUUGGCCUGGGUAGCGGACCAGAGCUGGACCAGAAGCUCAAGUAUGCAAGUGAUGUUUGUACUGGAGUAAUUUUUGGAAAAGAGCUUGUUAAUGCACCUGCAAAUGUGCUAACUCCUGGUGCUCUCGCUGAAGAGGCUUCAAAAGUUGCAUCAACGUACAGUGAUGUUUUCACUGCAACAAUAUUAGAUGCCGAGCAAUGUAAAGAAUUAAAGAUGGGAUCAUACUUAGCCGUUGCUGCAGCAUCUUCAAACCCCCCUCACUUUAUCCACUUACGUUAUACACCCCCAAAUGGUGAUGUGAAGAGAAAAUUAGCUAUAGUUGGGAAGGGAUUAACCUUCGAUAGUGGUGGUUACAACAUAAAGGCUGGGCCAGGCUCUAUGAUAGAGUUGAUGAAGUUUGAUAUGGGAGGUUCUGCAGCUACUUUUGGUGCGGCAAAAGCCAUUGGUCAAAUCAAACCUCCAGGAGUAGAGGUUCAUUUUAUUGUUGCUGCCUGUGAAAAUAUGAUCAGUGGCACAGGCAUGAGACCAGGUGACAUUGUCACAGCUUCAAAUGGAAAAACAAUUGAGGUGAAUAACACUGAUGCGGAGGGAAGGCUUACACUCGCUGAUGCUUUGAUAUAUGCUUGUAACCAAGGUGUUGAAAAGAUUGUUGAUCUGGCAACACUAACUGGAGCUUGCAUUGUUGCUCUCGGGCCAAGUAUUGCAGGUUUUUUCACACCCAAUGAUGAUCUAGCCAAGGAGAUUGUAGCAGCAUCAGAGAUCUCCGGCGAAAAGCUCUGGAGAAUGCCGCUGGAGGAAAGCUAUUGGGAGUCGAUGAAAUCAGGCGUAGCUGACAUGGUCAACACCGGAGGUCGUCAAGGCGGUGCUAUCACUGCUGCACUUUUCCUGAAGCAGUUCGUCGAUGAGAAGGUCCAGUGGCUGCAUAUCGAUAUGGCGGGGCCAGUGUGGAAUGAUAAGAAGCGCGCUGCGACAGGGUUCGGAGUGUCGACUUUGGUAGAAUGGGUUCUGAAAAACUCUUCUUAGAUCAAGUUGGAGUUUUGUUUAAUCAAUCCAACACUCUGCAAAUGGCGAAUCGGUUUCUUCUGGGUAUAAAAUCUCUUCCGAGAGUAAGUCGAGACAAUUUCAGAAGGGAUAUGUCGGCGAUCGUCGUAUUAUACGAAAUCGAAGGAAUUGGCAAUAACUUAAUAGCAGCAGCUUUAGAAGUUACAAAUCCACUUUACAACAAUGAACAUUUCAUAUUUUAAAUAGAAAAAUGUAUUCUUUUUUGUUUUUUUGUAUCUCUUUUGUGGAUUGUUGUGUGUUUAAUGUCAAUGCGAAAAUGUACUCUCUACUAAAGAAACUUUUACUAGGAAUUUGGUUAUUUUA